AUGGAUCCAGAGAUAGAGGAGGCAGUGGGGUCUAUCAACGCGACGGAGGAAGGCUACAUUCCCUACUCUCAGAGACCGGAGACCUACAUAGUUCCUGUGGUGUUCGCUGCCAUAUUCAUCGUCGGAGUCUUGGGCAACGGAACUCUGGUCUUCAUCUUCGCUCGACACAAGCGAAUGCGCAACAUCCCCAACACGUACAUCAUGAGUCUAGCCCUGGGGGACCUCCUGGUGAUCGUCAGCUGUGUGCCGUUCACCUCUAUACUCUACACUCUGGAGUCCUGGCCUUGGGGCGCUCUUAUCUGCAAGCUAUCAGAAGCCACCAAGGAUGUGUCCAUCGGUGUCUCUGUCUUCACCCUGACUGCUCUCAGUGCUGAGAGGUACUGCGCCAUCGUCAACCCUUUCAGAAGACACAUGUCCACCAAACCCCUCACAAUAGUCACGGCCCUCUCUAUCUGGAUGGUAUCAUUGAUACUCGCUCUCCCAGCUGCGAUAUUCUCCAACGUACAGUCAGCAGUGGUACAAGACAACCACACCAUAGAGUAUUGUUCACCGUUCCCACAAGAAUUCGGAUCUACCUACGAAAAAGGGAUUGUUCUAUUCAAGUUUUUAGCCUACUACGCUAUUCCGCUCUGGGUCAUCGCCGCCUUCUACGUCUUGAUGGCACGUCACUUGGUGUUGAGUACGCGAACUCUCCCUGGUGAACACGGGAAGGGACAAACCAACCAGAUCAGAGCGAGGAAGAAAGUAGCUAAGAUGGUGUUGGCUUUCGUAAUGAUCUUUAUCUUUUGCUUCCUUCCCUAUCACAUAUUCAUGCUGUGGUUUCACUUCUAUCCGAACUCUCACGACGACUACGAUGACUUCUGGCAUGCUUUCCGAAUUAUUGGGUUCUGUCUCAGCUACAUAAACUCGUGCGUCAACCCCAUCGCCUUGUAUCUCGUCAGCAAGGCUUUCCGGAAGUAUUUCAACCGUUACCUGAUAUGUUGUAUUCAGCAGGAGAGCCAGUAUAGUGACGUCACUCUGGUCCACAUCAACAGCUCUUGCUAUCGUCGUCAGAACUCUGUGCUGACCACUCACUACUCAAUCGCUCAUGGGGAGAAGUCCUGA